AUGGCGUCGACAAAUGCUCCAAUACCCGCGCGGCCUGCUUCCACCCUCGCCAAACCCGUCAUCGCCAGGAAAGGCUCUGCCUCGCAGCCCGUCCUUCGCAAACGCGUCGAGCCUGCUAUUCCCCUGCCUUACCUUCAGCGUCGGCCCAAGAAACCAACUGCCUCUACGCAGCUGCCCUCCCCUCUGCGAACAAGCAGCGAAGACCCGGUACCGAGCCCAACCAAAGAGAAGUCCCUAAGCCAGCACGACCAGGGGAACGUCAACUCGAACGAACAGAACCAGACCCUUGACAAUCUGCCUGCGCAAGCAGUCGAAGAGAAGGGGAGCGGCGUGGCGAACCAUGAGACUGUCCUCGACCACCAGGAACCCAAGCCAGUAUCAGCUGGCUCUGCUACACAAGGCGCCGUUGUGUCUCCACUAGCUACCGGAGAAGUGACGCCCCCAGAAACUGUACCGAGCGCCACCUCAUCGGUAUCUUUUCCUCCUCCAUCCAUGUCGCCAGCCCCGUACAACGGCGUGCCUCCGCCCUUCCCGCCAGGCGAAACCCAUCCUGCCCACUUUCGCGGUCCCGUUCCCGAGCCCAUCCGCUUGCCGCAGAUGAACUUCACACACCGAGCCAUGCACCAACACCACCCCAGUAAUGGCAGUCUGGUCUUUGGUGGGUUCCCGGGAUCCAACACGCCCUCGCCCGCCCCCGUUUCUGGAGGUGCUUUCGCUCCUCCGGUGACCAUGGCGCGUGAACAAAUGCCGGUGCCUGGAAUAGAUGCGUUCGGCCGACCAAUGCUUCCAGCCGCGCCGAAUGAUGGUCUUGUACAGCUUCCCAUGAACCAUGGCCCUAUGACUCCACACAGCUUCCACGAUUCUCAGUCCUCACGUACGGCAGAUGAGAAUGGCACAAUCGUUCCCUUCAUGAAUGGCCACAAUGGAAUGGACUUCACGCGCCCUAGGCCUCCUCCUGGUAUCGCUAGAGUUCCUCAUCCACCAAACAACCAACCGCAGUUCAAUGCCGAAGGCCCGGAAGUUGUCGAUGCCAUGAUGUUCACGGACCGAAUCAACACUAUGUUUGCCAGUCCCGCUUUCGCCGACUGCGAUAUCUGCCUGGUCUUGCCUGAACGCUUGACAUCCGUCAACUCGCAACACCCCGGGCAACUCAACGCCCCGUUGCGAUUGCCAGGCCACAAGCUCAUUCUAUCAAUGAGCCCUAUACUUGCCAACCUCAUGCAGAAACAAGCAGAACAGCAGGAAGCUCUUCGUCGUGGACUUCAUGAGAUCCGUAUUUCCUCGGAUGAUCCUUACCUGCGGGCUGAUUCCAUGUGGAGAGCAAUCAAGCACGUGUAUGGCUUUCGUUACGUCCCUAUGGGAAAGAUCGCGCCGGAUAAUUCGGAGAUCGAACAAUUCCACUUCGUGCUAGGCUACGCUGCGGCCGGUGCAUUGCUAGAGAUACCUCAUAUCUCCAUCAAUGCCAUGGGGGAGGCAUCGAAGCUGCUGAGCUGGGACACGGUUGAGAAGGGAGUCGAGUUCGCGCUGCGUGAUUCGGCCAUAGUCUUGAACAGGAUGGACGUUCCCCAGGGACGCCUCUUCCCACAGUUCCAGUACAGGCACGGUAUCUACGUGAACGAGCUGGUGGAGAGAAUCAUGAUGUUCAUCAUCACUCACUUCCCCAACAACUUUACCCUGGACACCAUGGUUGAUGAUCCACGGUACACUCGUCUUCCACCGACCUCAUCCGCUCGAGAGACAAAGGGGCCAGAGAUGGCGAACAACAUUCGUGUUCCGCCACAAAUAUCUUCACGAAAAUCCAUGCCCAGGUUCGGAGACCUCGAACCUGAUGAGGACAGCUAUGGCCAGGUUGUGUCGCACCAGGAGCCUUUCGAGCACGCGGCAGCGCUCUCUCGAAUUUUGCUGAACCUCCCCUUCGAGAUGGUGAAGUUCCUGCUUGAGAGCAACAGUAUUGGUGGGGUUUCGGGGUGGCAGACAGCGCAAGACCGACGGCGAGCUCUCCCACAUGUGAUUGCCGCACGUGAGAACCGCCGCCUGCGUUUCGUCUCGGACUUCAUGGCUGGUCGCCACGAAGGCCCGGACCCCGGUGCAGCCCUUCGGAGCCAGGAACCGCAGCUGCUUGAGGGAGUGUGGAACAGCGUCUGCUGGAGGGAACGUUUUGUGCUGAAUGGAGAUGCGCCCAUCAUUGAGCGGGUGUGGGAGCCCUUUGGAGACAGCAGGUAG